UUUUGGUCUGGCGAUGUGACGUCAUAAGGCUGCGCCGCGCUCCCGCGCCUGUGAUUCGGUUGAAGAAAGAUCCACGUGACACUAUUAUAAAGAUGGCAUGUAUUAAAGUGGAGAGUAAAAGCUUGAAGAUUGAAGAAGCAUUCAGAGUCAAACAUGAAGAUACUGAGGAACAAAGAAAGGGGGCAUUUAUUAGAGAGGAGAGUGAAGACGUGAAGACUGAAGAAGCAUUCAUAGUCAAGCAUGAAGAUACUGAGGAACAAACAAAGAUAGCAUUUAUUAAAGUGGAGAGUGAAGACAUGAAGAUUGAAGAAACGUUCAGAGUCAAACAUGAAGACAUUGAGAAAGAAGCAGACCUGAUGACACUGAAAGAGGAGAGUCAAGAACUCAAUGAAAAGGAAGAUAAUGUUCAGCAUGAGAAAUGUAAUUUCUUGACUGGAGAAAAAUCAUUUAGUUGCUCACAUACUGAAAAGACACAAACAAGAGCUCGAAAGACAGCAAAUAGAAAUUAUUUCACCUGCCAACAGUGCGGGAAAAGAUUUACCAGAAAAGAAAAUCUUGAAGUCCAUAUGAGAGUUCACGCUGGAGAGAAGCCUUUCACCUGCCAACAUUGUGGAAAGAGUUUCAUUAAUAAACCAAACCUUAAAAACCACCUCAAAAUUCACACUGGAGAGAAGCCUUACACAUGUUCUCAAUGUGGAAAAAGUUUUACACAUAAACAACACCGCGAUGACCACAAGAGAAUUCAUACUGGAGAGAAACCUUUCACCUGCCAACUGUGCGGAAAAGGUUUCAACAGAAAAGGAAACCUUAAAAAUCACAUGAGAGUUCACACUGGAGAGAAACCUUUCACCUGCAAACUAUGUGGAAAGAGCUUCAUUACUAAAUCAAAACUUAAAAACCACAUCAGAAUUCACACUGGAGAGAAACCUUACACAUGCUCUCAAUGUGGGAAAAGUUUUACAUAUAAACAGCACCUCGAUGACCACAUUAGGUUUCAUACUGGAGAGAAACCUUUCACCUGCCAACUGUGUGGAAAGAGCUCCAUUAGUAAAUCAAACCUUAAAAAACACAUGAGAAUUCAUACUGGAGAGAAACCUUACACAUGUUCUCAAUGUGGAAAAAGUUUUACAUAUAAACAAGGCCUCGAUGAACACAUGAGAACUCACACUGGAGAGAAACCUUUCACUUGCCAACAAUGUGGAAAGAGCUUCACUAAAAAAGAACGACUUAAAGACCACAUGAGAGUUCACUCUGGAGAGAAACCUUUCACCUGCAAACUGUGUGGAAAGAGCUUCAUUAGUAAAUCAAACCUUAAAUACCACAUGAUAAGUCACAAUGGAGAGAAACCUUACACAUGUUCCCAAUGUGGAAAAAGUUUUAAACAUAAACAACACCUCGGUGUUCACAUAAGAACUCACACUGGAGAGAAACCUUUCACCUGCCAACAAUGUGGAAAGAGCUUCACUAAAAGAGGAAGCCUUAAAAAACACAUGAAGAUUCACACUAGAGAGAAACUGGUUACCUGUAAUCCGAGCAGGGUUGAUUUAUUACUUAAAAAGAAUAUUCAAUCCAUUCUCACUCAGUGUCAAAUGCCUGUGCAACACCUAAGUUAAUCAUCUGUACAGCAGGUUUGGUUUUGUUUUUGUUAAUUUUUUUUUUUUUGCAGCGCUGGUGGAAACAACACGAGCCCAUAUACUACCGCAACUGUCAAGACCAGCCCAGACUCAUUGUAGUCAUUUGAAGCUUUUUAUAGAUAUAUUUGUCAUGUCUGUGAUGCUAGUAUUCACUGAGUUUUGGUUCAUUUUCGUGAGAUGAUAGAAAGUGCAUCUUGUAUGGGUUUUUUUUUUUUUUUUAAAGCAACAUUUUAAAUAUUGUGAGUGCACUCAAAAGUAGACCCUUUACAGUACUAAAAGAUGUUUUAGUCUUAUCUGUAUGAGCAAAAAUUAUAACAUUUUAAGGUGUUUCCACUGUUAUUUACUGUUGCUUGCACUCUCCGCACAAAUGCUUACAUAUCUGUUUAACAUUUAAACUGACAUUUUAAUUUGAUUAAAGUGUUUUAUAUCUAUAGAUUGUUUUAGGCAAUUUUACAGAAUUAAAGACAUAAGCUACACAUUUUUUCUAGUCUAAUAUAAAGCAAAUUGAGGCGUAUGAAAUACAUCUUUAAUUAACUGUCAAAUAUACAUGUACAAUAUAUUGCCAAAAGUAUUGGGACACCCCCUUCUAAUAAACAGGUUUGACUAUU